AUGUCCAAUCUAGCCAGAUGGAGGAUCGAACUCAUAUCGACGGAUGAAGAAGGAUGCAAUUUUUAUCUCAACCAGUACAAGCCGUUCAGGUUGGCUGCCUUGAGAAGAGAUCCGGACGCGUUCGGUUCGACUUACGACAGAGAAAUCAACUUCACUAACGAUGACUGGCUUAGCCGCAUCAAGAACCCUCUGGUUAAGACAUUCGUGGCCGUGCGGCCACACGAUGGAAGGGUUCUGUCCGCUACGUCAUUAAUUGGGCCUUUGCCGAACCCUGACCCAUCAAGCAAUCCGCUCCAAGCCAGUGCCGAAAUGAGGAAUGGUGGCGAUCAACACCACAAGCAUGGCAAUGCCCAGGUCUCACCACUGUCAUUUCAGAUUUCCGGCGUCUAUACGACGCCAGAAGCUCGAGGCCAAGGCUUUGCUAAGGAGUUGAUCAAGACCGCGUCGGAGCAGGCCAUCAACUCCGCUAAGGGGCAGGACAGACAGCUCUCGCUGAGCGUCGUCGUCUAUGCAUCAAACAGCGCAGCCAUAAGGCUCUACAAGAGCUGCGGCUUCGUAGUCGGCGAAGGGGGAUUCAGAAGUUCAUUCAAUCCUCAUAAGAACUCGUCUUUCGAAGAACUGGUCAUGCAUUAUCGCGAACCCCCCUCCAUUUCAUGA